UCAGACCAAUGUUUAAUCAUCUCAUGUUUUUAUAAAUUAUUUUAAAAAUAUUAUUUUUUUUUAAAUAUUUAACUACAAAUUUAAAUUCAAAAAUAUAAGCGUUCAUUUGUAACAGUUGUAGUACUGGUUUUUAUUUAAUUUUUUUUUAACUCUCAAGGAAGUGUUAACACUUGUUGAUUGUUAACUCUGUAAAGGUAACAAUGAAUAUAUAAUAAAUAACUUAGUCAGCAAGUAAGUCGUAUAUAAAUAAAUUUUUUACCUGUCAGUUUUUGUGGGAAAAUUAACACAGGAAAAAAUUUCAAAAAAAUGAGUGGUGCACUUGCACAUAAAAAAUUAUUUAGCAGAAAUUAUUUUUGAAAUUCCAUAUAAAAAAAUGAAGCGGAAAUUUGGAAUCGUUUGUGGACUAAGUGCGAUAUUCUGUUUACUAUGGGUUUUUUUCAACAAUAUCAGUAAUGGGAGUGUCAUUAAUGAGGGCGUACUUAGUGAUGAAGAAAAAUUAAUUAUUAAUAAAGAAAUUUCCUGUUACUUUGAUCAUUCGAGAAUAGAUUCCAUAGAACCGUUCAAUGAAAAAGACAUAACUGGAGACAAUAACAUAUUUUUUAUUGAAACUUCUUGCUUUGGAGAUAGAGGAAUAGUUCUAGAUGCAAGACAAUGUUGUUCUAUUGAAUCAGCAGCGAAGAUGAAUCCAAAAAUGAAAAUUUAUCUCCUGAUUUUGAGUCCUUUGGAUUUUUCGCCGAGUAGUCAAAAAUUGCUGAGCCACUUGGAACAGUACGAAAAUAUUGUCAUCAGACGAAUUUUCAUGGGGGACUUUGUGAAAAAUUCGCCUUUGGAAGACUGGUGGGCUAGCGGUAAAUUCAAAACCAGCAAUUGGCCGAAACAUCACAUGUCUGAUGUCCUCCGUUUUUUGACACUUUGGAAAAUCCCUGGGAUUUAUAUGGACCUUGACGUUGUUACGCUUUCCUCAUUUGAAAAUUUGAGAGAUUUUGUUGGAGCUGAGGACUUGGACACAAUCGCAUCUUGCGUGAUGAGUUUCGGGAGCACGGAAAUUGGUCGUAAAAUAGCAGACGCUUGUAUACAUGAUUUAAAAAAUAAUUUUCGAGGUGAUGUUUGGAGAAAUAAUGGGCCUGAUGUCAUCACAAGAAUUCUUCAUAAAAUAUGUCAAGCUGAUAAUAUUGCAAAUAUGAUAGAUAAUUGUCAUGGUUUCACAAUAUUUUCACCAUGGGAAUUUACUCCAAUUUACUAUGACGAUUGGAAAAAAUAUUUCGAAGUAAAAGAUAAAGAUGAAACAUUAAAAUUAAUAAAUGAUUCAUUGGCUAUUCAUACUUGGAAUAAAUUAAGUCAUUCUCAGCCGAUCAAAGUUGGAAGUCCAGUUCCUUAUGGGAUUAUUGCUAAUCAGUAUUGUCCAAAAAUUUACAACAACUGCGGCUUGUGGUUUUAACAUUUAUUUAUUACCUUUGCAUUAAAAAUAUUUAAGUAUUUAUUAAAAAUAAUUAUUUUAAAAACAGAGAUAAAUUAUUUAAUGAACGUUGGCCUGAAAUUGCUGAGUUUAAAUUUUUAAUCUUUCUUUAAACUAAGAGACAUACAAUUAAAUUGUUUUAAUUUUAAUUGUUACAAGACAGCCAGUGAUAAAAA